ACAGCGGUAAGAGAUAAUCGUUUUAGUGCUGAUAUCAGAUUUUUACCAUCAGAUUUUUAGAGAGAGAGAAAGAGAAUGUCUCACAGUCAUGGGAACGUUUCGUCGGGGAACGAUCCACGGCAACCUUUGGCGGCGAAGCCUUACACUCCGCGGCCUGUUGCGCCGGAGGAUCUUCCGGUUGACUACUCUGGAUUCAUCGCCGUUAUCCUCGGCGUCUCUGGCGUUAUGUUCAGGUAUAAGAUCUGCUCGUGGCUUGCGAUUAUAUUCUGUGCACAGUCUCUGGCCAACAUGAGGAACUUGGAGAAUGAUUUGAAGCAAAUAUCCAUGGCUAUGAUGGAAAGAAAAAUGCGCAACACUUGUAAGCCGAAUGUUCAGGUUCAGAUACCAUUUAUAGACUUUCUUAUAAUCUUAUGAAUAAAUAUAGACGCUACUUAAUUUGUCCUUAGAAUCGCGGUUGUUUCUCUUAUUCUGUCACGUGUAGUUUAAAAAAUGUCAUGCUCCAUGCUCCUACUUUAUUCAAACUAAUGCAUCAUCUCUC